AGGGAAUGCUAGCGAAAUUUGGUGGCGACCAAGAAUGGUUGGUUGAGCGGCUAGUUCCAGACAGAAGUUUCCACGAAACGAUAAAACGGUUAAAUAGAUUCACAGCACAAAAACAGCGAAUAGCUCUAAGGAGGGUCUUUUGUAAAGCCCACGAAAUGGAAGUUGGGUUUGGAGCAUUAGAGCGCUAUCUGAAGUGAAGAUUGAAGACGUGAAAGAAGCCGAAGCACUGCGGUGCUAAGAUCAGGAUGGCGACGUCCAGUCAAAUAGAAGGUGGAAGAGAAUCAGCCCCACAAACUCCCAGCACAUCAUUAACGGAGCCCCCAUCUGCAUAUAAAGAUGUCCAGCAGCUGACUGGACAUCAAGAACAACGUCCUCCUGAGCCGCAGAAUGGGAGCUCCACUUUGACGCAGGAGGAUGCACAGCCCCCCCACAUUAAGGAGGAAGAGGGGGGGCUCUGGACCACUCAGGAGGGAGAACGUUUUAUUGGGCUGGAGGAGGCUGAUCUCACCAAGUUGCCACUGACUGGUGUCUCUGUGAAGAUUGAAGACCACGAAGACAAACCAUGUGAGUCCUUACAUUGGUUGUUUCCUUCCGAUGUCCAGCAGAUGAUUGGUCACAUUGAGAUUGAGGGGCCACUGGUGGGAACCACUGUAAAGCGGGGAGAUCCACAGCCCCUCCAUGUGAAAGAGGAAGAGGACGAACUCUGGAUUACUCAGGAGGGAGAGGGUCUUCUUGAGACAGAGGAGGCUGAUGUCACCGGGUUGCCACUGACUGUUGUCUGUGUGAAGACUGACGACCAUGAAGAGAAACUACCCGAGUCCUCACAGCUUCAUCACAGUCCAAGUGAGGAGAACAGAGGGGCGGAGCCUCCAAGUAGCAGAUCACCACAACACAUGACAACAGAAGCUGAUGGAGGCCACUGUGGAGGAUCACAAGCAGACAACCUCUUAGCUCCACUAUCAGAUAGUGACGACACAACGUCACACUCUCCUGAGGAUGAAGACAUGGACGACACCCAAGAACCUUUGAGCAGCGAUACAUAUCGUCAAGGUGAUAUCAGUAUAGAUACUGAGUAUCAACGAUCUGAAUGCUCUAUAAAGAAGACGUGUAAAAAACAUUGGACCUGCUCAGUUUGUGCAAAAAGAUUUUCUUUUAAGUGCCACUUGACUCAACACGUGAGAAAGCACACAGGAGAACAAUCGUUGUCUUGUUCUGUUUAUGGUCAAAGAUUAUAUCAUCCAUCAGGCAUGGUAUCACACAGGAAACACACAGGAAAAAAAACCUUUAGUUGCUCAGUUUGUGAUAAAAGAUUCAGUUGGAAAGCAGCGGUAGUCAGACACAUGAGAACACACACAGGAGAAAAACCCUUUAGUUGCUCAGUUUGUGAUAAAAGAUUCACUCGGAAAGCAGCGAUAGUCAGACACAUGAGAACACACACGGGAGAAAAACCUUUUGUUUGUUCUGUUUGUGGCCAAAGAUUCUUCUGUCAGUCAGGCAUGGUAUCACACAUGAAAACGCAUGCAGGAGAAAAACCUUUUGGUUGCUCACUUUGUGGUAAAAGGUUCUCGUGGAAAAUAGACAGUGUCAGACACAUGGGUACACACACAGGACACAAACCCUUUAGUUGCUCGGUUUGUGAUAAAAGAUUCUUCCGGAAAGCACUGAUGGUCAGACACAUGAGAACACACACAGGAGAAAAACCUUUUGAUUGUUCUGUUUGUGGUCAAAGAUUCACUCGUAAGUCAAAUAUGUUAUCACACAUGAGUACACACACGGGACACAAACCUUUCAGUUGCUCCGUUUGUGGUAAAAGUUAUUCUCGUAAGAAAAGCUUGACAACACACAUGCAGACACACAACGGAGAAUAAACAUUUCACUGGCCAGUUUGUGCUAAAAUAUGAUGAAAUCACAGGAGUGUAACGUCACACGUGAGAAGCUUCUAGAAAGUGGUGAUCUGCUGUGUGUAUGGUAUCCCAUUCCCUCCUGAGUUAGUGUGCUGUUCAUAACAGCAGCUUUGGUUGAGGACAACAUGUAGUUUUUCCUUAUCUUCUUUUUUUGGACUACAGAAGUGUACAUCACUGAUCAGGAAAUUGUGUUUGUGCUGUGACAAUGUUCUAUAAUAGUGUUGUACAUGCUCACAGAACAUAAGUUACAACGCGUCCUCAAACUUAAAACACUUACGUAAAUCUGCGUUAGUGCAGAGAACUUCACUGUGACACAAACAUAAGAUCAUGGCCACAGUGACAUGGGGGGUAUUCUGCAAAAGUGGCGCAACCAACCCAGGCUUUGUGCUCAAAAUGCAGCUCAACAAAACCUAAAUUACCCACACCUAAAGAGAAGGAACUGGUACUGCAACGGUGGUUAUUAUCAAGUCGGUUCUCGGCUUUGUGCUCAGUGCGCGUUCACAUAAAAUGGGGCCUUUGACGUCGUAUCAUUUUACUUCCGCGCAAAAAUGAAGCAAUCCCAAUGAGCAAGUAAUUAUUAUGGAGCGUUUUGAGGCGUUCAAAAAGAUUAUUGCCAAAAAGCAACAUCGUUGGCGCCAAUAGAGCGAGGGAGGACAACAGUCUUUUCAUUUUUUAAUGAGGUCUGUAUUGUUUUCAUAUUUUACUGAUCUCAAUAAUAGAAUGUGUGUGUGUGUUUUAUUGAAAGUGAGGCGGAGUGUGUGCUCUACUGUGUCGGGAUGAACACAGUGACAAGACUGUUUAGACAGCGAAAGUGACUCACAUUGCCCUAAAAUGCAAAACACCGAUCCGUUUAUUCAUGGCCAUAACGAAGUGAAAUCAUUGAUUACACUCAUUAUCUUUGACAAAUAAGUACUUGGUCGAUUGAUGAGUAGCGGCAGUGUGCUCAUGAGUCAUGCUGUAUCUCGUGGUGACCACUGGGAGGCAGCGUUGAUGUUUUGUGGUGACAAUUUUUUCCUUUUAAAGUUGUGUUAGUUUUUUUUAUUGCAGUGGAGUGUUUAUUCCUCCAGCAAAUAUUGUGAUAUAAACAGGCUGAGUACUCACCUACGACUUAUUGCUUGGCCACAUUGAGAAAAAGAAUUAUCUGACAUUUUGACAAUAAAGUUGUAAAUUUAUGAGAAAAAAAGCCGUAAUAUUGCCUUUGCCCAAGGCCAAAGGUCACGCAAGUCCCCCCUUUUCAUAGCUGUCUCUAGCAAUCACCGCUUCAUUUCACUCCUAUUUCAUAUUGUUUAUCUACGACUGAGUGUUAGGGCCACAUUGGAGAAAAAAUCUGAGAUUUCAAGAACAAAGUCGCAAAAUUACAAGAAUAAAGUCGGAGAUUUGCGAGAAAAAGUCGGAAAUUUACAAAAAAAAAUAGUACGUUUACGAGAAUAAAAGAAAGUCGUAAGAUUACCUUUGCCAAAGGUCACAUAAGUCCCCCAUUUUCAUAGCUGCCUCAGGCAAUGCCUGUUACGACGGAAUAUUAAAAUAAUCUGAGAGUUCCAGAAUAAAGAAAAAAUGAAUAUUAUGAGAGUAAAGUCGUUAUUUACACUCAACACACCUGCUAACCCACGAAACUCGCUUCGCAGUAUACCCCACAGUCACAGUCUGGAGAUCGGGAUUCCUGGGUUCGAUUCUCCGUGGGGCAUUUCUGUGUGGAGUUUGCAUGUUCUCCCCGUGUGUGCGUGGGUUUUCUCCGGGUACUCCGGUUUCCUCCCACAUUCCAAAAACAUGCAUGUUAGGUUAAUUGGCGACUCUAAAUUGUCCAUAGGUAUGAAUGUGAGUGUGAAUGGUUGUUUGUCUAUAUGUGCCCUGCGAUUGGCUGGUGGUCCAGGGUGUACACCGCCUGUCGCCCGAAGUCAGCUGGGAUAGGCUCCAGCAUGCCCCCGCGACCCUAAUGAGGAUAAGCGUCAUAGAAAAAGAUGGAUGGAUGAACAGUGAGACAUAUGGCCCGCAGGCCUGCUUUUCAUUCAGGUUUUCAGUUAAUAAUGUGAGAACACGAGAAAGAAAAGUAUUCUGAAGCAUAAAAUGUGAGUUGUGGAUACCAACAUUUUGUUCAUGUUUUGGUAAAACAAGCAUAUUUGAUUUGUUUGGGUUGAAAUAAGGUAUGAAAAUCAUUUCUACAAAAAUGAGUAGCUCUUGGCCAUUUUCAUUUUCUAAAAGUAGCUCAAACAAGAAAAAAAGUUGGUGACCCCUGCACAAAGGUAUGUAGUUGGAGAAUAAAGGUUGAUGUAUUAGUGGCUAUAUAUUCUACUGUGUUGCUGAUGUUCGUCUAUGUUUAACGUAAUUACGCUGCUAAGCCACAGUAUAUCACGACCUCGCUAAUUAGUUAUGCAUAAUUGUUAUGCAUAAUUGUUAAUUAAGGUUAUAAAGCAGCAGUUAUAAAGCAAUCCACCUAUUACAAGAUAGUAUGUAAUUGGAUUGAUCAUUUUCGUUGUUGCACAUAUUAAUUGCAAU